UAAGUUCAAAUGUCACCGCUCGUCCUUGCCUCGCAACGCAUCUUACCGCUCGUAUAAAUAGUCGCGUAACAUACGACACAGCAUCAGUCGCUUCUCAGCAUUCCUUCAGCACAGUCACAGGACAAACCCAACCUUUUCAAAAAUGAAAUCGUUCUUCGUAGUAGCCCUGCUGGUGGCCGCCGCCGCCGCCGCGCCCGCCAACCCUGACGCCGACGCGCAGAUCGUCCGCUACGACUCCGACAACAUCGGAGUUGACGGCUUCAACUAUGCUUUCGAGACCUCCAACGGCAUCAGGCAGGAGGAGCAAGGCCAGCUGGUCAACGCUGGAACCGAGAACGAGGCCAUCGCUGUCCGCGGCUCCUACUCCUACACGGGCCCCGACGGCGUCGUCUACACCGUCACCUACGUCGCCGACCAGAACGGAUUCCAGCCCCAGGGCGCCCAUUUACCCGUUGCCCCCUAAGCUACUUUGAAGAACCCAAAAAUCUAGUCCAAAAAUACUCAAUUCCCUCCCUUUCGCCACAACACCCCUUCCUUUGUUUGUCCUCCAAGCGACUCUGUGAUACAAACCCCGAAAUGAUUAUUGUUAAUAAAGAUUUGUGUUAUAUUUAAUUUAAAACAA